CGCAUUUCACUAAAGGCACGCAGGUGUCAUCAUUAAAAUGCUAGUUGCUUAGCGUCUUUUGCGUAAUUACUGUUAAAUUAUUUAGCGAGAAAUCAAAUAUCUGUUAUUUACUUGUAUUUAAGUUACCUGUCGGUUUUCAGAAACGUGUCCGGUUGGUUGUAAUCUAUCUCUGAAAAAGCGGCAUCGUUUACUGCUCGCUGCUAGUCCUUAGCCGAGUGCUAACAACACUGACGGCAAGUAAGUUACAUGCGUCUUGCACCGCUGUCAUUUCGAGGCAGCCGAACAGCUCGGAGGGAUUCUGACAGCCAUCUACAGCAGACAUGGAGCUUCAAGCGGUGCUGAUGGCGGCGGGUGGGGGUUCUCGUAUGACUGAUCUGACAUACAACACCCCCAAAGCUAUGCUGCCUGUUGGCAACAAGCCCCUUAUGUGGUAUCCCCUUAACCUUCUGGAGAAGGUGGGAUUUGAAGAGGUGAUAGUGAUCACUACCAAAGAGGUCCAGAAGAUGAUGAGCACAGACCUUAAAAUAAAGGAUGUGAAGAUGAAACUGGAUGUGGUUUCUAUCCAGGAAGAUGGCGACAUGGGUACCGCUGAUGCUCUCAGACACAUCCAGCCAAAGAUCAAGACCGACAUCCUGGUGUUGAGUUGUGACUUGAUAACCGACGCGGCGCUUCACGAGGUGGUCGAUCUGUUCCGGGCGCACAACGCGACAAUGGCCAUGCUAAUGAGCAAAGCCCACGAAUUCACAGAGACCGUCCCAGGCCAGAAGGGCAAGAAAAAGACAGCUGAGCAGAGAGACUUUGUUGGUGUUGAUCAGUCAGGAAAGAGGCUGCUCUUCAUGGCCAAUGAGGCAGAUCUUGAGGACGGACUAUCAAUCAGGAAAUCCAUUAUGAGGAAACAUCCCAGGAUGCUCAUCAAAACAGGCUUAGUGGACGCUCACCUCUACUGUCUGAAAAAAGCUGUCGUGGACUUCCUCACAGAAAACAAGUCUAUCUCAUCGAUCCGUGGAGAGUUGGUGCCAUAUUUGGUGCGUAAACAGUUCUCCAAAACUGUUAACAGCCAAAAACUGAAAGACGACAUAGACGAUCAGACCCAGGAAAAAAACGACGGGCCUGCAAACCACGAGCUCCUCAUCUCAUCUCGGGACGAGCCUCUCCUCCAGCUGGCGCAGGAGCGCUCCUGCUGGAAUGACCACCGCGGUGACAUGAGUGAGGCCUACCAUGGAGGAAAGCUGCGCUGCUAUGUUCACAUUAUGGACCAGGGUCUGUGCUGCCGGGUUAAUACUCUAGCUGCUUAUAUAGAGGUGAACCGACUGGCCCCAAAGCUGUUUGAAGAACCAUCAGUCCAUCCAUCUGCUGACAUUUCUGAGAGAUGUCAGAUGGGAUCAGAUAGUAUCAUCGGAGCUCUGUGCCACAUUGCAGACAAGACUUCCAUAAAAAGGUCUACUAUUGGAAACAACACCACUGUAAAAGAGAAGGUCAAAGUCACCAACUCCAUCAUCAUGCAUGGCGUUACCAUCGAGGAGGGGUGUAAUAUCCAAGGCAGCGUGAUCUGCAGUAAUGCUGUUAUUGGCAGAGGAGCAGACCUCAAAUACUGUUUGGUGGGAAAUGGACAACACAUCGAACCAGAAGCUGAACGGACUAACGAGAUCAUCGUUGGAACAGACCAGCUCAUGGAGAUCUAGUUUUCACCUCAUUAACCAAUCCGAGUGCAGCAAAACACGGCCCUAAUUCCCCCAGCGGAUAGGCCAAUCAGAAGCCUAGAUUUUGACCUCGAUUGGCUUUUUUGUACACAGUGUCCAAAUAAACUCAAGUCAACUUGAA